AUGCCCCUAAAACACCGCAUAACCUCCCUCCCCCAAGCCCUCCGCCUCAAAGGCAACGAAGCCAAACACGAACAAACAGACGCAUGGAGCAACCGCGACUUGAUCCCCUUACCCCCCGAGCGGCGAACAUGGGGUUGGUUCAAUUUCUUCGGCUUCUGGUCCAUUGGAUCGUUGAAUCUGGCGAAUUGGCAGACACCCAGCACCUUCUUAGGUAUUUGA